AUGCAGUUUACCUGCGAACUAGGCAACGAGCACCCACCGCUUUCUUCGGGUGCUUCGUUCCAUCAUCAAUUCAAACCUCUCAUAGCAGAUAAUAAUAAUGGAGCUGAUGGUUAUCAAUAUUAUACUCAACAACUUUCUCUUCCCUCGCAACAGUCUUCUAAAACCAACCAACCGUCAUUUUCACAACAUUCAAGCUCACCAAGAAUUAAUCCUGAAUCUUUUGUUACUCUCCAUAACGAAAUACCAUUGGCUUCUGAUAUGAAUAAGAAGGCUUUGAGUAUCUUGUUUGCUAACCAAACAAGACCAAGUCAUAACACAGAUAGCCUACAUUUUGGCAAUAAUAAUAACAAUAUUGUUUCAUCAUCAACGUUUUUUAGAGGCGAUGGAAGCCGUAGCCACCUCGGUUCUUUGGCAUCAUUUGAAUUUGGAUUCAAACCAACUCCUCAUCAUGACUAUCAUGAUUCUGCAAAUCAUCAUUCGAAAGACUGGUUUUCAUUGAACAGCGGUCCAAUCAAUUCCAACUUUCCGUACUCGAUUCAACAACACGGUUUUCCAUCCCAAUAUCACCACUUUCCACCACUAUCUACAACCAAGAGUGCCCCUUCAUCUUCUUCUAUGAUGACUCCGAGAUUACCUUCAUUGAUAGAGCUUGAACCCCAUAGGGCAGAGCCAACAACAACAACUACCUCUUUCUCCUCCUCUUCCCACACACGCCUUAUUAACAAUUUUGAAAUUAAUCCUCCUCCACACUCAACAAUACUCCAUUCAAAAGUUCCAUAUUCAUCUUCUGCUUUCACUGCCUACAAUUCAGCUCCAGAUCAAAGCGCAACUCUUCUUUCGAAAAGAAAUAGUUUGCAAUCUUUCAAGGAAGUGGUAGACUUUAUUGAUGAGAAAAAGAAACGCCCAAAAGAUCAUCAAAACGAAUCCAAAAGCAACCAUCAACAAGUUGAAACCAAGAAGAGAAAAUUGGAAGAGAAUGGAAAAAAGGAUCUGUUUGAAGAUGAUGACGAUGAAGGAUGUGGAGAAGAUGAAGAGAAUGGUGUUGAUGAAGAUUUUGUGAACUCUUCAGAAAAGUUACUUCCAAUUAGAUCCUUAGCUCAUUUAGUCGGAUUGUCUAAAGAUGAAGGAAAGACCUGGAGAUACCGAGAUGUUCGUCGUGCUCUUUUUGAAAAGACUCCAAAAGAACACACUAAAUUCAUUGAAUCAAAUCAACAACAUGCCAUAUUAAGACAGAGACUGCCUCAUAAAUUGACUUUGGUGAGCUUUUGUAAGCGCAUCAUGCUAUUGGUGUUCCAUUUCAUUAUAAGAGAUGGAAGAGAACCGAAAUUCUUUACUCGGAGUCAUGUGAAGAGAGACUUGAUCGAGGAAACACUGGAAAAGGAGGCAAGUGAAUUUUUCAAAAGGAUCAAUAGGGAUGUUGCUAUGAAAAUUCAUGCUCUCAGUUGUACAGGUAUGAGCUUGGAGCAAGCUUCCAAAACUGUGAGUUGUUGUACCCAUUCUGAGAAUGUUAUUGCCCUUAGCAAAGAUCAUGGCGAGCCCAGUUCUUCGACUCCAACAUUAGCCUCCUGUUCUUCAAGCUCUCCUCACUUGAACCAUGUCGAACAAAAGGACAGCUCUUUCUCACUUCCUUCUCUUCGUGAUUUACUCAAAAAACCACACAAGUAG